UGUACAUGUUUGAUCGAUCUGGUCUUGUUGCAGUUUGAGUGCUUUUAUCGUGGCACUCUUUCUUUCUGGAGGACGAUCGCAGUUCCCCUUUUUGUUGUUGUGAAAUUUGCAGCGUCGUAGACUGGAAUAUUAUACACCAUGGCUGAGGCUGAUAUUGCUCUCAUUGGUUUGGCUGUCAUGGGCCAGAACCUGAUCCUGAACAUGAAUGACCAUGGCUUUGUGGUCUGUGCGUACAACCGCACUGUGGAGAAGGUUGACAGCUUCUUGGCCAACGAAGCCAAGGGCACGAAAGUCAUCGGUGCCAAGUCCCUGGAGGAUAUGGUUGCCAAGCUGAAGAAGCCACGCCGUGUUAUGCUUCUCGUCAAGGCAGGCGCAGCUGUUGAUGCUUUCGUUGACAAGCUGAUGCCUCUCUUGGAGGCUGGCGAUAUUAUCAUUGACGGUGGUAACUCGCAGUACCAAGACACACAGCGCCGCUGCAAGACCACUCUGGAGAAGGGUGUCAUGUUCUGCGGGUGCGGCGUGUCUGGAGGCGAGGACGGUGCUCGCUACGGUCCAUCUCUCAUGCCCGGCGGAAACCCAGACGCCUGGCCCCAUCUCAAGCCAAUCUUCCAGGGCAUUGCAGCUAAGUCUAAUGAUGAGCCAUGCUGUGACUGGGUCGGUGAGGACGGCUCUGGCCACUUUGUCAAGAUGGUACACAAUGGUAUUGAGUACGGAGACAUGCAGCUCAUCUGCGAAGCCUACCAGCUCAUGCACGAGGGCAUGGGAAUGUCCUGCGAUGAGAUCGGCGAUGUGUUCGAGGAGUGGAACAAGGGCGAGCUCGACUCAUUCUUGAUUGAGAUCUCGCGUGACAUCAUGCGCUUCAAGGACACCGAUGGCAAGCCACUCGUUGAGAAGAUCCGCGAUGCCGCUGGCCAGAAGGGAACCGGCAAGUGGACGGCAAUCUCAGCACUCGACUACGGCACACCCGUCACGCUGAUCGGAGAGUCUGUCUUUGCUCGCUGCUUGUCCUCACUCAAGGAUGAGCGUGUCCGUGCCAGCUCCGAACUCCAAGGACCUGGAGAUGUGAAGUACACCGGAGAUAAGAAGGAGUUCAUCGAGAACAUCCGCCAGGCUCUCUAUGCCAGCAAGAUCGUCUCCUACGCCCAGGGCUUCAUGCUUCUGCGCGAGGCCGCCAAGGAAUUCGGAUGGAAGCUGAACUAUGGUGGCAUUGCUCUGAUGUGGCGCGGUGGAUGCAUCAUCCGCAGUGUGUUCCUUGGCAACAUCAAGGCUGCGUUUGAGAAGAACCCUGAGCUCCAGAUCCUGCUCCUGGACCAGUUCUUCAAGGAUGCCAUCCACAGAUGUCAGGUAUCAUGGCGCAAGGUUGUUGCCCAGGCUGUAAUGAUGGGCAUUCCAACACCAUGCUUCAGCACUGCACUUGCUUUCUACGAUGGAUACCGAUCUGCACGCGUGCCCGCCAAUCUCAUCCAGGCCCAGCGCGACUAUUUCGGCGCUCACACGUACGAGCUGCUCAGCGAGCCCGGCAAGCACAUUCACACCAACUGGACGGGACAUGGCGGCAAUGUGUCCAGCAGCACCUACUCUGCUUAGGAAGGGUCUGCUGUCGUGUUGCCCUAUUGUCCUUGACCUAAAGCAGUAAACAGUUAGCGACAAGCGCACCCACUGAAACCUCAUGUAGACGACAAAGUGGCUGAUGAAGUCUGUCUGAAGCCUCGGGCCCCCACCACUGUGCUGUAGUGAAUUCCGCACGUAGCUUGCAGGGUUUGGGCAUUGACUGAGGUGCUGUGCAAGACCCACUGCUUAGUUUUGUUGCACCUAACUUUUCUUCAAGUUUCCACCUGCCGCUCUAUUUUCUGUCCUCUCUCGUUAGAUAUUGCCCCAAUUUAGGUGUCAUUUUAGGCUUGUAGGUAAAACCAUUGCUUCAUUUUUACAUCCUUUUUAGAUGAAUUGCACCCGCAGUUUGCAUCACAGUUUGGCUAUUCUAUUUUUUCUUCAUUGCAAACUAGUGGCGAUUUGCCAUUGUAGCGGAAUGGAAGGAGUGAAAAAUAAUGCCUAUGCUACAUGACAACUAGCAUUGUGCUAUGUUGCCAGCAACACAAUCAUCAUAGUUUGGUGAGCACAGCUUAGUCAAUUUUCUGUUGAAAGAAGAGAUGACGGGUGAACGGA